UGACGUACGAUUUCUUGCCCUCGUGACCACUAUACACGUGACACUGUCUGACACCUCAUCCACGAAAUUGUCCCGUGUGCACCUUUUUGUGUUAUUCUGUCGUGAAUUUGGUAAGGUCAGAUAUGUUGCCUGUUAUAGUAGUGCAUGGAGGUGCUGGUAAUAUACCUAAAGACAAGGCUGAAAUCUCCUGUGCCGGAGUGAGAGAAGCGGUCAGAGCGGGGUAUGCCAUCCUCCAAGCUGGUGGUAGUGCCAUGGAUGCUGUGGUAGAAGCUGUGACCCUGAUGGAGAACAACCCAAUAUAUAAUGCAGGUCGAGGAUCAGUCCUAAAUGUGAAUGGAGAGGUGGAGAUGGAUGCCAUUGUGAUGGAUGGAAAAACACUAGCCAGUGGUUCUGUGUCAGCAGUCAGGAGGGUGGCUAACCCAGUGCAACUGGCUAGGCUUGUCAUGGAGAAGACCAGCCACUUGUGCCUGACAGCUGAAGGGGCCUCUAAGUUUGCCAGAGCCAUGGGUGUUCCAGAAGUGCCUGAAGAGUCGCUCAUCACAGACUAUGCCAGAAUGCGCUGGAAGGAGAACCUGCAGCCAGGCGCCAACCCUGUGGAAUGCCAAAUGGGCAAGAUGGGAACAGUAGGCGCAGUGGCCGUGGAUAUAGAGGGAAAUACUGCCUGUGCCACAUCCACUGGUGGCUUGAUAAAUAAAAUGGAGGGUCGUGUAGGAGACACAGCAUGUAUUGGGUGUGGUGGUUAUGCAGAUAACAUGACUGGGGCCGUCUCUCCCACAGGGCAUGGGGAGGCCAUCAUGAAGGUUAUCCUGGCUCGACUCAUUCUUUUCCACAUGGAGCAAGGGAAAAGGCCCCAGGAAGCAAGUGACCUGGCCCUCACGUAUAUGAAGGAGCGGGUAAAUGGUCUGGGUGGGGUGGUGGUGGUUGAUCCAAAAGGGACCUGGGCGGCUCGCUUCAGCAGUUUACAAAUGGCAUGGGCAGCUGCUCAGCAGGACCAACUCCACUAUGGUCUGUACCAUGGGGAAGACUUUAUUGAGCCUGUAUGUACAGAAGAACACAGGAAUACAUAGUGAUUACAUGCAUGUACCAUGAUGAUACAGCCAGUUUUUUCUCUACAAUCAUAGUGAAAUACGCAUACAAGCAAAUCUGUGUUUGUCUACAUCCAUAUGUCAUAUGGGAAGGUUAAUUUUUAUUAAACGUAAUAACAAUUUGAGUUUUACACAGAUUUGAGGACCUCAGGAGGUCUGGCUUAUUAUAGUGGUAGCACUGGCUGUUAUCCACUAGAUGGCAGUAGAUAUUCUUUAGAUAGAAUCACACGGGUCAUUUGUUGUAAGGUACAGUGCAGGGUACUCUGUAAAUAAUCACAUAAUUGUACGAUAUUUAUUAGUAAUUAAAAUUGUAAAAUGAGAUUGUAGUAUGACUACUGAAACGGUAAAGAUAAAAAAUUUUAGCACUACUUAAAUGUAAACUAAUUCUUACUGUCAGAGUUGCUGGCCAGGCAUAACACUGGUUUUAUACCUGAAUUUAAAGAACAGAAAUCACGAUUCAUUCCUGAAGUGGUACAACAUAUAAUUUCCUUUUUUUAUGCUAAAAGGGAAAGGUGUUUGUUUUCUUGCUAUCAUAUUAAAUGUUGUUUAAUAAAUUAAUGAUUGUUUGACACUU